AUCUAUUGAGACGUUCAGUUAAAUCAUACAAGAAGGAAAAUGUUCAGAAAUGUUGAGCUUUUGGCAAUAUCUUUGCUAUUUUGUGUAGGUUCGGGAAGGGAGCCGUUAUGUUCUCGAUACCAUUAUGAAGAACAGAUACUUGCAAAAGUUUUACGACUUGAGCACAGAAUGGAUAUGUAUGAUGAAACGAAAGUUUCGGUGCUAACUCAAUGUCCUGAUAGCUGGGUAUCUUUUAAAAACUCUUGCUAUCUUUUUGUUGACGAGAAAGCUACACAUCAAAAUGCGAAGCUGCAUUGUCUAAUGCAUGGUGCUCAUUUAGUACACGUCAACGACGAGGAAGAGAGUGCAUUUCUUUCUUUGUACCUUCGUAAAUUCAAAGGUCAGUAUUACGUGAUGAAAUUUGUAUGUACCUAUAAAUUGUGA